CCGGCCACGUUUUGGCCGGCCGUGCUCUCCUCCGGCCACCAAUGACGACGGGACCGGUACCAAAAUGACCGGGCCAUCGUCCUCUUCCUACCCCAGCCACCUCCCGCCUCCAGCCGCCGCGGUUUCGCCGGAAUUUGGAGAAGAAGCGGCCGACGUCGCCGGAUCUUCACAGUCGCCGAUCUCCCUCCUCCGGCCACCAAUUCCGUCGACCCAGAUAUGCUAUUGUGUUGAGGGCUGUGGUUUUGCUGAGCACGCUUGUGCUUGCAAUAUCAACUCAAGAUGGUAUCAAUCCUUCUUUAUAGCAAUGUGGUUCAAAAUGCCAAGACUCUUGAUCAAGUUGAUGAUGUCUCUGAUAACUCCAAUACGAAUAAUCAUGUGGUUUCAAAUGGCCAUCUUCUUCUUUGUGGUGUACGAAUAUGUACGAGAAAGUGCAUCUCGAACGCAAUGUAUCUUGGCAUGUGCAUGAUUAAAUGCAAGUUUGAGCCUUCAGAUGUUAUGUAUAACUCCAUCGCAACCACUUCUUCUUCUGGUAAUAUGGGAUUAUUGAUUUCACCUUACUCUCUUUAAUUACCCUCUCUCUCUCUCUGUUAUUUUUGUUUUUUGGGGUCAAAUUAUGUCUUGUAUAUGUAAUGAUUAAGAUUUCAAAGAAUAAUAAAAUUUUCCCAACUACUACUGA